UCGCUGUCAAAUCGUCCAUUUUUCUAACCUCGUUGUUCAGUCUGGACGUGUUGCUUCAGACAUUGGUUUUAAUUUGUGAUUUUAAUAGAAAAUUUUAACAUUUUAUAAAUAAAACAACACACAAAAAUGGGUGAUAUUGAAAUUAAAAAAGAAAAGAAAAAGAAGAAGAUCAAGGAGGAGCCAAUCGAUUUAGAUGACAUCGGCACUUUACAAAAAUCUGGAGAUUUCACUGUAAAACCCUCUGAGAAAAAAGCCACUUUGGACACCUCACAAUGGCCAUUGUUAUUGAAGAAUUUCGAUAAGUUGAAUGUGCGCACCAAUCACUACACGCCAUUGCCCAGUGGCUCAUCGCCCUUGAACCGUGACAUCAGGGAAUAUAUGAAAUCAGGUUUCAUCAAUUUGGACAAACCCUCCAAUCCCAGUUCUCACGAAGUCGUAGCCUGGAUUAAGAAGAUAUUGAAGGUGGAAAAGACAGGUCAUUCUGGUACAUUGGAUCCUAAAGUAACUGGUUGUUUAAUUGUUUGCAUUGAUCGCGCCACUCGUUUGGUUAAGUCUCAACAGAGUGCUGGUAAAGAAUACGUUGCCAUUUUCAAAUUGCAUUCUCCUGUUGAGUCUGUGGCUAAAGUGCGUCAAGGCUUAGAAAAGUUACGUGGUGCUCUCUUCCAACGUCCUCCUCUAAUUUCUGCUGUGAAACGUCAAUUGCGUGUACGUACCGUAUAUGACAGUAAAUUGUUGGACUAUGAUGAAUCCCGUAAUAUGGGUGUCUUUUGGGUUAGUUGUGAGGCUGGUUCUUAUAUUCGUACCAUGUGUGUACAUCUUGGUCUGGUGCUCGGUGUUGGCGGCCAAAUGUUGGAGUUGCGUCGUGUCCGCUCAGGUAUACAGUCGGAACGUGAUGGUAUGGUAACAAUGCACGAUGUCUUGGAUGCCAUGUACAUGUAUGAAAAUCACAAAGAUGAAUCUAUGUUGAGACGCGUCAUCAAACCUUUGGAAGGUCUUUUGAUCAAUCACAAGAGAAUCAUCAUGAAGGACAGUUCGAUCAAUGCCAUUUGUUAUGGUGCCAAAAUUAUGUUGACCGGUGUCUUACGUUAUGAAGAUGGUAUUGAAAUGGAUCAAGAAAUUGUUAUUUGUACCACAAAGGGUGAAGCCGUUUGUUUGGCAAUCGCCCAAAUGACCACAGCCACAAUGGCUUCCUGCGAUCAUGGUGUAGUGGCCAAGAUUAAACGUGUCAUCAUGGAAAGAGAUACAUAUCCACGCAAAUGGGGUUUGGGUCCUAAAGCUUCGGCCAAGAAAGCUCUAAUUGCCUCUGGCAAAUUAGAUAAAUACGGUCGUCCCAAUGAAAAUACACCCAAAGAAUGGUUAACUGGUUUUGUAGACUAUAACGCCAAGAAACCUGCCGCGGCUGUAGCGCCACAAGCCAACACCAAUGGCAAUACCACAGAUGAGGCUAAGAAGCGUAAAUUAAGUGUUUGUAGCCAAGAUGAUAGUACAGCUGCCGUAGCUGAGGAUUCUAUUGUCACAGAUAAAUCCGAAAAGAAGAAGAAGAAGAAACACAAGGCUGACAAAGAAGCCGCUGAUGUGUCUUUAGUAGAAGAAGAGACAGUGACAGUUGCUGAAACAGAGGCUGAACUUGAGGGCGAAAAGAAAGAAAAGAAAAAGAAGAAGAAGAAGGAUAAAGAUAGGGAGAAAACUGAAUAAGCAAAAAUUUUAAUAUUUACAUGUUAGCAAUUUAUAUAAGUACAUUUACUAUAGCUACUUCCUUUACAAAACAACAAUGCAUUUUAUAUAAAGUUUAACACUUAUUUUUUUUUUCUUUUUGGCAAGCAGUCCUAUUUCUCUUGCUAUUUGUUAGCUUUAAGGAUUUUAUUUUAAUUUUUACUUUGAAACAAAAAGUUCAAACUAUUAUUUUAUAUAGUUGUUGUCUUCUUAAAUACAUGAUCUGAAUAUGUAUUAUUGCAUAAGAGUAUGAUGAAAUGAAAAGAAACAAAAAAAAAAUAUAAAACACUAUUUUUCUAAAUAGGAAAAUGUAUUAAAAUUACAUUUUUAAAUGAAAACAAAAA